AUGUCCUACUUGCCUCACGACGAGUUCGAAACAAAUGUGUAUUCUUACGAUGAAGUUCCUGAAAAUAAAUCAUGGGCAUCGACACUUCCAACUGCCAAAGGUUUGUACAAUCCUGAAUACGAAAAGGAUGCUUGUGGAGUAGGGUUUACUUGUCAUAUUAAAGGACAGGCGUCACACAAAAUCGUGUCGGAUUGCCGGAAUUUGUUGUGUAACAUGACCCACCGAGGCGGUGAAUUGAACCCAAAAGACGGCGAUGGUGCUGGAUUAUUAUCGUCUUUGCCUCAUAAAUUUCUCGUGAGAGAGUUCCAAUACCACUGCAACGUGACGUUGCCGCCUUUGGGACAAUAUGGUACCGGUAACGUGUUCUUCAAAAAGGACGACGUUGUGUUUGAAAAAUCGAAAAAAACAUUUGAAAAUAUCGCCGCUUCGUUGGGUUUAAGGGUUUUGGGAUGGCGUGCCGUUCCUCACGACUCGUCCAUUUUGGGCCCUGCGUCGCUUUCGAGAGAACCUCUCAUAUUACAGCCAUUGAUUGUGUUGGCCGAAGCUUUUGGUCCCGGUUCAGCACCCCAAGAGGACAUUUCCACCGACGAUUUCGAGAAAAAAUACCAAAGAUCGUUUGAAAAAAACUUGUUCAUCUUGAGAAAACAGUCGUCCCACACCAUUGGGUUGCACAACUGGUUCUACAUCUGCUCGUUGUCCAACCGCACCAUCGUUUACAAGGGUCAAUUGGCCCCAAAUCAAGUCUAUGCCUACUACCAUGACUUGGUGAACGCCGAUUUCGAGGCUCAUUUUGCGUUGGUCCACUCUCGUUUUUCCACCAACACUUUUCCAUCUUGGGACAGAGCCCAGCCUUUGCGAUGGGCUGCUCACAAUGGUGAAAUCAACACUUUGCGUGGUAACAAAAACUGGAUGCGGGCCAAGGAGGGUGUCAUGGCUUCAGAAUUGUUCGGGGACGAGUUGGACAAAUUAUACCCCAUUAUUGAAGAGGGUGGUUCCGACUCGGCUGCCUUUGAUAAUGUUUUAGAAUUGUUGGUGAUCAAUGGGGUUUUGUCUCUUCCAGAAGCUGUCAUGGUAAUGAUUCCUGAAGCCUGGCAAAACGACACCCAUAUUGACCCCAAAAAGAAGGCUUUCUACGAGUGGGCUGCUUGUCUUAUGGAACCUUGGGAUGGUCCUGCCUUGUUCACUUUUGCAGACGGUCGUUACUGUGGUGCCAAUCUUGACCGUAACGGUUUGAGACCUUGUAGAUACUAUGUCACCGAUGACGACAGAAUGAUCUGUGCUUCUGAGGUUGGUGUUAUCGAAAUCGAGCCAGAAAAAAUUCUUCAAAAGGGCAGAUUGCAACCAGGAAGAAUGUUGUUGGUCGACACCAAAGAGGGUAGAAUUGUGGAUGAUCGCGAGCUUAAAAAGAGCGUGGCUUCUCGUUUCGACUUCAAGUCAUGGGUGCUCGCCAAUAUGAUCACCAUGAACGAUUUGACUGAAAAGCUUGUUUCUCGUGAAAUCGAGGUGUCAAAGGAAGUCGAAUUGUCUACCGAUAUUACUGUUCAAUCGGACCCCAGAUUGGUGGCUUUCGGCUACUCGCACGAACAAAUCACGUUUGUUUUGGCACCUAUGGCUGAGGGAAACGAAGCAUUGGGCUCUAUGGGUAACGACAAUGCAUUGGCAUGUAUUUCUGAACAACCAAAAUUGUUGUUUGACUACUUCCGUCAAUUGUUCGCCCAAGUGACAAACCCUCCAAUUGACCCCAUUCGUGAGAAAAUUGUCAUGUCGUUGGACUGUUACGUUGGACCUCAAGGUAACUUGUUGGAAAUGAAGCCCGACCAAUGUAACCGUUUGUUACUCAAAUCUCCAAUCUUAUCCACUGCUGAACUCAUCAACAUCAAACAUAUCGAAAAGAUCUACCCCAAAUGGUCUGUGGCCAUCAUUGACACUACUUUCGAAAAGGCCGAUGGUAUCCAGGGAUACCUCAACACCAUUGAUCUCGUGUGUCAAGCGGCAUCCAAGGCUAUUGCUGACAACAAUCAAAUCAUCAUUUUGAGCGACCGUAGCACAAGUGCUACCAGAGUUCCAAUCUCGUCGUUAAUUGCUACUGGUGCUGUGCACCACCAUUUGGUCAGACAAAAACAGCGUUCUAAGGUAGCAUUGAUCAUCGAGACCGCUGAAGCCAGAGAAGUUCAUCACGCUUGUUGUUUGGUUGGUUACGGUGCCGAUGCCAUCAACCCUUACUUGGCUAUUGAAACCUUGAUCAGAAUGAACAAGGAGGGAUUGCUUAAGAAGGAGAUGAGUGAUGAGGAAAUCAUCAAAAACUACAAGAACUCGGUUGACGCUGGUAUCUUGAAAGUCAUGUCCAAGAUGGGUAUCUCCACCUUGGCUUCUUAUAAGGGUGCCCAAAUUUUCGAGGCUUUGGGUGUUGAUAACUCUGUCAUUGACAGAUGUUUUGCCGGAACCGCUUCGAGAAUUAAAGGUGUAACUUUCGAGUAUAUUGCUCAGGAUGCUUUCUCGAUGCACGAGAGAGGUUACCCCAACAGAGACACUGUCAAGCCAAAGGGUUUGCCAGAAACUGGUGAGUACCACUGGAGAGACGGUGGAGAUGCACACAUCAAUGAGCCUGUCGCUAUUGCGUCCAUGCAAGAUGCUGUCAGAAACAAGAAUGAAAAAGCAUACGAAACCUACUCCAAGAAGGAGUAUGAGGCCAUCAAGAACUGUACAUUGAGAGGUUUAUUGGACUUUGACUUUGAGAAUUCCAAGGCAGUUCCUAUCGACCAAGUCGAACCCUGGACCGAGAUUGUGCGUAGAUUUUUCACCGGUGCAAUGUCCUAUGGUUCUAUUUCCAUGGAAGCCCAUUCUACCAUUGCCGUUGCCAUGAACAGAUUGGGAGGUAAGUCCAAUACUGGUGAGGGUGGUGAAGACGCUGCCAGAUCGCAAAUCAAUGCCAAUGGAGACACCAUGAGAUCCGCCAUCAAGCAAAUUGCUUCUGGUCGUUUCGGUGUUACUUCUUACUAUUUGGCUGAUGCCGACGAGCUUCAAAUUAAGAUGGCUCAAGGUGCUAAACCUGGUGAGGGUGGUGAAUUGCCUGGUCACAAAGUGUCUGCUGAGAUUGGUAAAACUAGACAUUCGACUCCUGGUGUUGGUUUGAUCUCUCCUCCUCCACAUCACGAUAUUUACUCGAUUGAGGACUUAAAACAGUUGUUAUACGACUUGAAGUGUUCCAACCCAAGAGCCAGAACUUCCGUGAAGUUGGUUUCUGAGGUCGGUGUUGGUAUCGUUGCUGCUGGUGUAGCCAAGGCUGGUUCUGAAAACAUCUUGGUUUCUGGAGGUGAUGGAGGUACUGGUGCCGCCAAAUUGACAUCCAUCAAGUACGCUGGAUUGCCAUGGGAAUUGGGAUUGGCUGAAUCUCACCAAACUUUGGUGUUGAACGAUUUGAGAGGAAGAGUUGUGUUGCAAACCGAUGGUCAAAUCCGUACUGGAAGAGACAUUGCCGUGGCUGCUUUGUUGGGUGCUGAAGAAUGGGGUUUCGCUACCACUCCUUUGAUCGCUAUGGGAUGUAUCAUGAUGAGAAAAUGUCUUGCUUCAGAUACUUUGGUGAGAACCACCCAAGGCUUGAAGAAAGUCAAGGACGUUUCUGUUGGCGAAUACCUUUACGGUGCCGACAAUACUCCAGUUCUUUGUAUCGGCGCUAACGCACCUGAAACUGGAUCGUUGAAGGAGAUCGUUUACGAGGACUUUGACUCGAAGAAACUCGUCUCGUUCAAGUGUACCCCAGAUCACCACCUCGAACUUGUUUUGGCUAAUGCUGCUCCUGAGUUGUCUGGUUCAACUGUUACUUGGUUCUCUAGCUGCACUGGUGAACACAAAAAGCAAGAUUCAACCUUUGACUUGGAAAGCAUUGUCAGCUCCUUUUACAACGACCUUGUGGACUCUGACGACAUUAUCACUUUUGACAAUGUAUGUGAAGCCAUUGACGUUGCUUUGGACGAGCACUACCACCGUGGUGGAAGCGAUCGUUACUCUGAAAAGUUCAAUGGAUUCAUCACUCAAAUUGCCAACGAAGAACUCAAAAGCAAUCCUGAGUUUGUCAGAAACGCUCUCCAUGAAGCUGCCGAGAAGUUCAUGGUUGAAGAUGCACCUAAGAACUUUGCCGUGACCAGUGUUUCUGUGGAAACCACCUCUGUUGAGUCUCAGUCAGUCUGCAAAUCCUCUUGUGCUUGUGGUGGAGUUCGUAAGAUUGUUCACCAAUUCGAGACCAUUGAGGAAGCCGAAAUGGCCUACUCUCUUCUCCUCAGCGAUGUCUAUGACAGAGUGGACCCAUCGUUUGUUUCGAACGGUUACAAGUUCCAAGCUAGCGUUGAGGCUCUUGAGCAAAUGUGCUCCAAGGACAUUUUGCACAACCACUUGCACAUGUACCGUGCUCCUGCUGAACAAGUUGAGCCAUUGACUCACUCUUCUUCGCUUCCUGUUGAUCCAUACUUCUUGGGAUUAUGGCUCGGUGAGGGCAGCUCUGAUUCUGCCACCAUCCUGACCACUGACCGUGAAGUUGUUGUUUGGUUGCAACAGUACGUUGAAAGACUCAACAAAGAUAAGCCUGCUGAAGCGUCUCCUUUGAGAUUGACCAAGAUCAACGGCUUCAAGCCAGGUCAACAGAUGGCCAACGGUUUCGUCCAAAAGGUUACUGUGCCCACUUAUACCAUCACCUCUGGCGAAUCCUUUACAGGUGGAAACUGGAACCCAGUCUACAACAGCCUCAAGCUGAUGGGAUUGCUCAGUAACAAGAGCAACGGAAUUCCAGAAGCAUACAAAGCUGCUGAUUUGCAAUCUCGUUUGGCCCUUCUCGCUGGUUUAGUUGACAGUGAUGGAUGCUACGUUGAGUCCUACAACUCUUACAGAUUCAUGCAAAAGUCUGAAUUGCACAAGAAGAUUGUAUACGACUUGAAGGAGAUGGCCACUUCUUGUGGAAUUGAGACCACUGACAUUGACGUUUCUGAGAGCAGAUUGUACUUGGGUAGCUCUGAAACCACCUCAGCUUAUGUUGUCUACUUGGGAAGCGGAUCGGAGAAGUUGCAACAACUGCUUUUGCUCCCCCGCAAAAAAAUGGUUCGCAUCGAAUCCUGCAUACAAGAAUCAACUCCAUUCAAAGUUCAAGAUGUUGCAAAUGGUGAAUUUAGAGCAAUUGAGGUCAGUGGAGGCAAGUUCCAGCUUGAUAACGGCUUACAAAUCGCCAAUUGUCACCUAAACACUUGCCCUGUGGGCAUUGCUACUCAGGAUCCUGACCUUAGAAAGAAGUUUGAAGGUACUCCAGAACAUGUUAUCAACUUUUUCUACUAUCUCGCAAACGAAUUGCGGAAUAUUAUGGCGCAACUUGGUUUCCGCACUAUCAACGAGAUGGUUGGGCGUGCAGAGAAGUUGAAGGUCAGAGAAGACUUGCGUAACACCAAGAAUGCCAACAUUGACUUGUCUCCUAUUUUGACCCCAGCUCACACCAUUAGACCUGGAGUUGCUACUCACUGUGUUAGAAAGCAAGACCACAAGCUUCAUGUCAGAAUUGAUAACAAGUUGAUUGACGAGUCUGAAAUGACUUUGGCAAAGGGACUUCCUGUCACUAUUGACUGUGACGUUGUCAAUACCGAUAGAACUUUGGGAACGACUUUGUCUUACAGAGUAUCAAAGACAUUUGGUGAGCAAGGUUUGCCUCACGACACCAUUCAUGUCAACGCCAAGGGUUCUGCUGGUCAAUCUUUCGGCGCCUUUUUGGCCUCUGGUAUCACUUUGGAAUUAGAAGGUGAUGCCAACGAUUACAUUGGAAAGGGAUUAAGUGGAGGUCGUAUCAUUGUGUACCCUCCAAGAGAGUCCAAGUUUAAUGCUGAAGACCAAAUUAUUGCAGGUAACACUGCUUUCUUUGGUGCUACUUCUGGUACUGCUUUUAUUAGAGGUAUUGCUGCUGAGCGUUUUGCGGUCAGAAACUCUGGUGCUAAUAUUGUUACUGAAGGUACCGGUGACCAUGGAUGUGAGUACAUGUCUGGAGGUCGUGUGGUUGUUUUGGGAAGUACUGGUCGUAACUUUGCUGCUGGUAUGUGUGGUGGUAUUGCUUAUGUUUUGGACAUGGCUCAGGACUUUGGUGACAAGGUCAACACCCAAACUGUGGAAUUGUCGCUGGUUACUGAUCCUGCUGAAAUUGCCUUCUUGAGAGGCUUGAUUGAAGACCACAGACACUACACUGAAUCUGAGGUGGCCGACCGCAUUUUGAACGACUUUAACAGAAUCCUUCCUCGUUUCGUCAAGGUCUUGCCUUUCGACUACAAGAAGGUUUUGGAGAAGGAAAAGCAAAAGGCCGAAGAAGCCAAGAAGAACGAGUUGAGUACAUUCUUGAAGUCCAUCAAGGAGGACCCAGAAGCAGAUGUCACCAAUGGUGAAGCUGCCAAGAUCAAGAAGGGACAUGUUCACAGACCAAGCAAGGCUUCUGAACCUCCAGUUUUGGAUGUUGAAGACACUGUGACCGACUCUGCUGCUGCCAAGAAACCAGUCGUCAAGUUGGACAAGGUUCGUGGAUUCAUGAAGUACAAGCGUCGUAACGAAAAGUACAGACCAGCCACCGAGCGUAGCAAGGACUGGAAGGAGAUGUCGUCAAGACUCACCAAGGACGAAUUGAAGCAUGAAACCGCCAGAUGUAUGGACUGUGGUGUGCCCUUCUGUACUUCCGAUACCGGAUGUCCUAUUUCCAACGUUAUUCCAAAGUGGAACGAGUUGGUUUUCCAGGACAGAUGGUAUGAUGCUUGGCAACGGUUAAUGAUGACCAACAACUUCCCUGAGUUUACUGGUAGAAUCUGUCCAGCUCCAUGUAACGGAGCGUGUGUUUUGGGAAUUAAUGAGGUCCCUGUCAACAUCAAGUCGAUUGAGUGUGCUAUUAUUGACCAUGCUUUCGAACAAGGAUGGGUCAAGCCCGAGCCACCAGCUCAGAGAACUGGUAAGACGGUUGCCGUGAUUGGUUCUGGACCUGCUGGUUUGGCUGCUGCUGAUCAAUUGAACAAGGCCGGACACUUGGUGACAGUUUUCGAAAGAAGCGACAGAGCCGGUGGUUUGAUGAUGUACGGUAUUCCAAACAUGAAGUUGGACAAGAGACUCGUCAAGCGUAGAACCGACUUGAUGGCUGCUGAGGGUGUUGAGUACAGAUGCAACACUACUGUUGGAGAAGACAUUUCCAUGGAAGAGUUGAAGUCCACUUACGAUGCGGUUGUGUUUGCUGUGGGAUCCACCAUUCCAAGAGACUUGAAAAUUCCUGGCCGUGAACUCACCAACAUUAAGUUUGCCAUGGAAUUGCUUCACUCCAACACCAAGGCAUUGUUGGACGACAACUUGGAGGAGAUUAGAAAGACCCUUGCUGGUAAGCAUGUGGUUGUGAUUGGAGGUGGAGACACAGGUAACGAUUGUUUGGGAACAUCCACCAGACACGGAGCCAAGUCGGUUACCAACUUUGAGUUGUUACCAACUCCUCCAGCCACAAGACCCAAGGACAACCCAUGGCCACAAUGGCCCAGAAUUUUCCGUGUGGACUAUGGACACACCGAGGUGGCUACCCAUUACGGAAAGGACCCCAGAGAGUACUCGAUUUUGUCGAAGGAAUUUGUUGAUGACGGCGAAGGUAAUGUCAAGGGUAUCAAGACUGUUAGAGUUGAAUGGAAACGUUCAGACAGCGGAGCUUGGCAAAUGGCCGAGGUUCCUGGUUCGGAGGAGUUUUUCCCAGCCGAUGUGGUUUUGUUGUCGAUGGGUUUCGUGGGCCCAGAUGCCGACAAGUUGGAGGUGAACAAGACCAAGAGAGGAACCAUUGGAACGUUGGACCCUAACGGCUACAAAGUUGGUGCCAACGACAAUGUGUUUGCAGCUGGAGAUUGUAGAAGAGGACAAUCGUUGGUGGUGUGGGGUAUCCAAGAAGGUAGACAAUGUGCCCGUGAGGUGGAUAACUACUUGAUGGGAUCGACCAGAUUGCCAGGAAAUGGAUCGAUCGAGCAGAGAAACUACAAGUUAUUGGAGGAGUAUGCCGAGAAGGUCUAG